ACCAAAACAAAGCGGUAAGGUGUAACGUAGGGGGAAAUACAUUGAUAAUAAAACCAAGAUAACUGUUGUAGCAGACAGCAGAGGAAGGACAUUGUGUUUACCAGCCUGGUUGUUGAGAAUGGACUUACAUGGAUGAGAAGAACCAGGUUCUGAUGACCAACGCCUGGCUGCAGCUGCACUGGACAGAUACUUACCUCUCCUGGAACCCAGAGAACUACCCAGGUGUUCAGAACCUUCGUUUCCCCUCCAAUCAGAUCUGGGUUCCUGAUAUCCUCCUCUACAACAGCGCAGACGAGAGGUUUGAUGCUACCUUCCACACCAACGUCCUGGUCAACUCCUCUGGAUCCUGCCAGUACAUACCACCAGGUAUUCUGAAGAGUACAUGCUACAUCGAUGUUCGCUGGUUCCCCUUCGACGUCCAGAAGUGUGAUCUGAAGUUUGGCUCGUGGACCUACAACGGCUGGCUGCUGGACCUCCAGAUACUGGACGUAGACAUCUCCUCAUACAUCCCCAACGGAGAGUGGGAUCUCGUGGGUGUCCCAGUGAAGCGUAACGAGCUAUAUUAUGACUGCUGUAAGGAGCCCUACCCUGACGUCACCUUUACUGUCACCAUGAGGAGGAGAACGCUGUACUAUGGUCUCAACCUCCUCAUCCCCUGUGUUCUCAUCUCUGGCCUGGCCCUGCUGGUCUUCCUGCUGCCUGCAGACUCUGGAGAGAAGAUCUCCCUGGGUAUCACUGUCUUGCUGUCUCUGACUGUCUUCAUGUUGCUGGUAGCAGAAAUCAUGCCGGCUACGUCAGACUCUGUUCCUCUCAUCGGCCAGUAUUUUUCAUUCGCCAUGAUGAUCGUGGGUCUCUCUCUCGUCGUCACGGUUCUCGUUCUACAGUUCCACCAUCACGACCCUCACGGGGUAAAGAUGCCUAAAUGGAUGCGUGUCAUCCUCCUCAACUGGUGCGCCUGGUUCCUCCGCAUGAAGAAGCCUGGUGAGGAACGCAAGACGACCACCCCCUCCACCAACACCACUGCUACCCCCAGCUCCACCACAGGAGGCUACAAGUACUCCCACCCUCCCCCUCACCACGCCAGCAGCAGCUCCAUCCAGAUGAGCUCCAUCCCUGGGGGACAGCCCUCCAAUACCUCAACCACCAACGGCAACAUGAACCUCUACUUCGGCUACCACUCCGUGGGUAUGGGAGGGAUGGGAUCCUUGGGAGGGUCUCACGAUAACCCCUGCUGCCCGCCUAGCAGUGACUCUUCUGGGGUUGGGGUCUGCAGUGGAGGGGCUGGGGGUGGUAGUCAGACCACGGGGACAGGUGGAACAUGUUCCCCCAACGAGGCGCUACUCUCCGACCGGGACGUGGGGAUCCUCCGGAGGUUGACGGUGGACCAGAUCCCGGAGAUCGGGCGGAUCCUGGAGGAAGUUCAUUUUAUCGCCCAGAGGUUCAGGGAGCAGGACGAGGGCGAGGCGGUCUGCAGCGAGUGGAAGUUUGCGGCGGCGGUCGUGGAUCGCCUUUGUCUCGUGGCGUUCACGAUCUUCUCCAUCAUCGGCACGUUCACCAUCCUCAUGUCGGCGCCCAACUUCCUGGAGGCUGUGACCAAGGAUUACCUCACAUAAUGUGGAUUUUAUCUCGGCUGGCUAAUUAGGCUAACGCUAACAAACACUGUAGCUAAUUGGCUAAUGCUAACUAGCGCUUUAGCUAUAAUGCUAAACAAUACAAACUGUAGCUAACCGCCUCUACUCUGUGAAGCCACUGAAAACCACCUCCCACAGUUUUGAGAUCAAAUAAUCUCUAGAGUUAUGAUUUAUUAUGACACCAGUACUUGGAACACCAAAUGUCUAUAUUUUGAUAAUGGUUGUGUAUUAUUAUGGUGAUAUACAGUAUAUCUUCCAUGUGGGUGUGGUUACAGUCAAAAUGGCUUCCUUAGCUCUAGUCGACGCUUACCACUCAUUCUGUAACAGUACUGUCAAAAUGGCUUCCGUAGCUGUCGUCUAUGCUUACCACUCGUUCAAUAACAGUACUGUCAAAAUGGCUUCCGUAGCUCUAUUCGACGCUUACCACUCGUUCAGUAACAGUACUGUCAAAAUGGCUUCCGUAGCUGUCGUCGAUGCUUACCACUCGUUCAGUAACAGUACUGUCAAAAUGGCUUCCUUAGCUCUAGUCGAUGCUUACCACUCGUUCAGUAACAGUACUGUCAAAAUGGCUUCCUUAGCUCUAGUCGAUGCUUACCACUCGUUCAGUAACAGUACUGUCAAAAUGGCUUCCUUAGCUCUAGUCGAUGCUUACCACUCGUUCAAUAACAGUACUGUCAAAAUGGCUUCCUUAGCUCUAGUCGAUGCUUACCACUCGUUCAGUAACAGUACUGUCAAAAUGGCUUCCGUAGCUCUAGUCAAUGCUUACCACUCGUUCAGUAACAGUAUUGUCAAAAUGGCUUCCUUAGCUCUAGUCGAUGCUUACCACUCGUUCAGUAACAGUACUGUCAAAAUGGCUUCCGUAGCUCUAGUCGAUGCUGUCCCCAUCCCUCCUCUCCCUCUGUCCCCCACCCCUCCUGUCCCUCUGUCCCCCACCCCUCAUGUCCUCCACCCCUCCU